AUGUGGAGCCUCAAAGCCUGGGAUGAUAUGAAUGUGAAAUCCUUGUUUCCGGAUACAAACAAUGGAAGUCGAGUUGUUGUGACUACUAGGAAUACGAAUGUAGCCAAUCACUUGGCCGAUCAUCGCAUUGCAAUGAGGUUUCUAGAUGGAGACACUAGUUGGGAUCUAUUUUGUCAAAAUGCAUUUGCAGAGCAACGAGGUUGUUGCCCUCCCGAGUUGGAGGAGACAGCAAGGAAGAUCGUUGCACGGUGCAAAGGACUUCCCCUAGCAAUUGUUGUUGUCGGAGGCCAUCUCAGGAAGUCCCCAACGGCUCUAGCCUACUGGGAGAAUGUUGCACAAUCAAUUUCGUAUUCUACAGGGAACGACGAGCAAUGCUUGAAUGUGUUAUCUUUGAGUUAUCGAUACUUGCCUGCUCAUCUAAAGCCGUGCUUCCUACUCCUUGGAGCAUUUCCAGAAGAUGAAAAGAUUUACGCGCAGGAUGUUCUUAAACUUUGGAUCGCUGAAGGAUUUAUACAACGUUUUAACGCUUCCCGCUUGGAAGAGGCUGCAGCGUGUUAUUUACGGGAUCUUUAUAUGAGAAAUCUCAUUUUACUGGAUACAUUGGACUAUAAGGGAGAUAUAGCAGUAUUUAAAGUACAUGAUCUAGUAAGAGAAAUGUGCCUACAGACUGCCAAGAAAGAGGAGUUUUUUUCUGUAUUCCAAACUUCAGCAGCCAUAAUAACUAGGGAGCGCCGCGUUGUAAUUAGUGGAGAAGUGAAUCAUGAAAUAAUAGCCCCGGAUGCUCCAGUCCGUUGCCUGAUAUGCAUUGAAGGUCGUUACGAUAUAAACACUCUGUAUGACUUGAAACUGUUGAGAACGUUGAGUAACGUUGCUACGACAUUCAUAAGUGAGUCUAUUUUCCAGCAAGUUAACUUGCGGUACCUUAACGUGGAUCUUGUUUACAUCCCUCGCCCUGUUUGUUAUUAUCUUCCCUCGUCGAUAUCAUUGCUCUGGAAUCUGCAAAUAUUGACAAUUAUAGUACCGGAUCAAUCGAAAGUGAUUGCACCGUAUGGGAUUUGGGAGAUGCUGCAGCUUAGGCAGAUUGAGGUCGACGCGAUUUGUCUCAUUGAUCCGCUUCCGGUAGAUCAAGCAGAUGAGUUGGUUAUGAGAAAUCUAUGCACACUUUUGAAAGUGGAGAAUUUCAGACUUAGUGAAGAGGUUUGCAAGAGAAUCCCGAAUGUGAGAGAACUAAAGUUAUCCUAUUGUGAAGAAGUAAGUUGGCCAUAUUACUGUCCCCGCAAUCUUGGCUGCUUCCAUCAGCUGCAAAACCUGGCAUUGCAGUUUGAUUUUAAUUCCAAGUGGCGCGAGUUCGCCACGAGCCUCACUUUCCCAAGCUCUCUCCGGGUGCUGCGGUUAAGCGGCUGUGGUGUUGAUUGGGAAGAGCUGACAACGAUGGUUGGAUCAUUGCCCCGUCUUGAAAUGCUUUCGUUGUUUCCAAACUCGGUCGUUGGAUCUGUCUGGACACCCGUUGAGGGCAAGUUCUGUCGCUUGAAAGCCUUGAAGAUUUAUGGCUGCAGUGAUUUAGUCUGUUGGAAUGCUGACAGAUCCCAUUUUCCAGUCCUCGAAGAUCUUCGUCUAAGAGACUUGUCUGAGCUGAUUGAGUUCCCUUCGGACGUAGGAGAAAUAGCAACGCUCGAAUGCAUUGAUUUGAGGUUUUGCAGCGCGUCAUCGACUAUUUCAGCGAUGAGAACACUGGUGGAACAAGAGGAGCUUGGUAAUGAGAGCCUUCGACUUACUGUAUAUUUUCGGGGUGACGAGGAAACAAUUGAGAGCUUCAAGAAUGAGAUUCAAGAAGAGGGUCUCACCAGCAGUAAUUUGAUUCUGCGUCUCAUAAGUCCCUAA